CGGCAACACAAGCUUUCCUCGUAGGAAGGACCUCACCCAAAAAAAAGUUUGUAUCAGCACUAGCUUACCCCAACACUUCUAGUUCCGUCGUUAAUGAAAAUGAGUCUGGAAGGUGACAAGGUUAUACUGGUUCCUUACAUGAAAGAACACGUCCAACGCUACCAUGAAUGGAUGCAAGACCCAGAUCUUCUUCAAGCUACUGGUUCUGAGCCACUAACCCUAGAACAAGAAUAUGAUAUGCAUCUCUCUUGGACUCAUGAUACCAAAAAACAUACUUUCAUCAUCUUGGAUAAGCAAAUUUUAACUGGAAAUUUGGUCGACGGGGAACCCCAUGUUGAAGCUAUGGUUGGUGAUGUGAACAUAUACAUGAAUGAUUUGGAUGACCCACAAAUGGCUGAGAUCGAGAUAAUGAUAGCUGAACCCAAAAGUCGUGGAAAAGGGCUUGGAAAGGAAGCAGUCUUAAUGAUGAUGGCUUUUGCUGUGAAGAACCUUAGUAUUCAGUCGUUCAGAGUCAAAAUUGGAGAAUCAAAUUCAGCUUCACUGAAUUUGUUCAGAAACUUGGGAUUCGAAGUUACUUUGCACAGCGAAAUCUUUAAAGAGGUGACGCUGGAGCUUCCUGUAAAGAAUUGCAAGUGUAUAUAAAGUUUUUAGAUCCUAUAGUUAUCCCUGCUGACACAUGUAGACAGUAAGUCACUUCAAAUUAUAUUGUAUUUCUGAUACAAAUGUAUACGGCUAUGUUUUCCCCUCAUAUUUGCGAGUUUUUGCGCUUCAGAGAAUGCAUUGUGCACUGUUCGCCUUUUUUAGAAGGCUCAUUAUUCCCCUCAUAUGACUAAUUUUCUGAAAAAGCCUAAAGGGCAAUGUCUAGGUGUUAUUGAUGACCUUCAUCUCUGUGUAGCAUGGGAUGUUUUUUAAACUUUCCAUGCCUCUGUAUCCUUGGUGUUUGAUUUGAGCUUGGCAGUUUCAUUUUGUAUA